CAACGGAGGGGCAAGGGUGGAGCUGUCUCGUCUCGCAUCGACCUGCCCGCCUUGGGAGAGGGCGCACGUGGGGAUGGAGACAUUGUAUUGCGUGGCUUAAUCCGCGGAAAAGAACCGCUUCCCGCAACGUGGCGCCUUCUUCCAGAUCGGUUAAACUCACAAACUGCUGACCGAGCAUGUUCUUGAGGAUGCCAAGCUGAAGAAACUAUGCCCCCCCCCAUUCCAUAAUUUCUUACAGGCUCACAUCUAGAAAGAUGCUUUUUCUGUUGGCUAAAGUCACCAGCGCGCUCUCCGAAUAGCUCAUGCUUGCCCGGGGAAUCCCAACUUCCUUAUUUUGACCCCUCCUGGUGUUUUAAAAAGGAAGGAUACUAUUUGAGAAAUUUUAAGCAUAGAAUAUGAGUUCUCCAUUGGCUCCCAAGAUUGAUGGGACUCUCUGAGGGGUUCUUGCUGUUAUACUGUUCCUAGUACUAUUAGUUAAGAUUUCACAUUGGCGUCACUUAGAGAAAGAUGUCCCAGCUUAAGUUCUGUUCUCGACGAUCCCCAGUGGUUUGCUGUAAUGGCUGUGUUGCGUCAAGCCAAUCUCUUGCCACAAAUAUUGGACUUGAUAUUUUAAAGUUGGGCGGCAAUGCUGUAGAUGCUGCUGUGGCUGUUGCUGCCGCUUUAAAUGUUACUGAACCGUUCAGUACAGGGCUAGGUGGAGAUUGUUUCUGCCUGUAUUUUGAUGCAAGGACAAAGCAGGUGCAUGGUCUCAAUGGAAGUGGAAGGUCUCCACAGUCCCUCACCCUUGAACUGGUAAAAGAAUAUGGCUUUGAUGAAGCGAAUCCUCUGCCUUUUCGACAUGCAUGUAACAUCACAGUCCCUGGUGCUCCUGCUGCGUGGUGUGAUGCUGUCGUGGUGUAUGGAAGCAAACAGCUUUCCAUGGGGCAGAUUUUGCAACCAGCAAUAGAAAUGGCUGAGAAGGGCUUUCCAGUGUCUGAGAUUACUUCUUACCAGUGGAAGCAAGAUGCUCAUGUUCUUCAGUCACCUGGAAAUCAACAUGGAAAGGACCUCUUGAUCAAUGGCGAAGCACCAGAGCAUGGCCAAGUCUUCCAAAAUCCUCUUUUGGCAAACACUUUUAAGGAGUUAGCAAAAUCUGGCAAAAGAGGCUUUUACGAAGGCCAUGUGGCUAAAGCAAUUGUGGAUGUUAUUCAGAAUAAUGGUGGAGUAAUGGAUUUAGGAGACCUGAAAAGUCACGUCACUGAAAAAGUUAAGCCUAUUGUCACAAAUUACAAGGAUAUGAAUAUUUGGGAAAUUCCUCCAAAUGGGCAAGGAAUCACAACUUUAUUAGCCCUGAAUAUUUUAGAAAAUUUCAAUGUCAAAGAUCUGGACCAUAAUUCUACUCAUUACUUGCACGUUUUAAUUGAAGCAUUCAAGCUGAGCUUUACUGAUAGUUUUUGGUUUUGUGCUGAUCCGGAAAAAGGAACAGUGCCUACAGCACAGCUCCUUUCUAAAUCUUAUGCCAGAGACCGUUCACAUUUGAUCAAUUUACACAGAGCAAUUGCCCAAUAUAGUCAUGGAAAUCCCUUCCAGGUGGGCAAUGACACAGUUUAUUUUAACGUGGUGGAUGCUGAAGGCAAUGCCUGCUCUUUCACUAACAGCCUGUAUAAAGGAUUUGGUGCAGGGCUGGUGCCAGAGGGCUGUGGAUUUACUUUGCAAAACAGAGGAGCCGGUUUUUCACUACAGCAUGAUCAUCCAAACUGCCUGGGCCCUGGGAAGCGGCCCUAUCAUACAAUUAUACCAGCUCUGGCCACUGCAGCUGGUACUGGAGACCUUUUGUGCUGCUUUGGAGUUAUGGGAGGAUUCAUGCAACCACAAGGUCAGGUGCAAGUACUACUAAAUAUGUUUGAAUUUGGAAAGAAUCCACAAGAGGCUUUGGAUGCAUCUCGUUUUUAUAUAGAAUAUAGCAAAAAAGGUGCGUGGCAGGUGUUCUUGGAAGACGGCAUUCCUCAAAACAUAGCAGAUGAUUUGAGAGCCAUGGGCCAUAAUGUCCAGGAACCUGUGCUUGGUUAUGCCAGGAGCAUGUUUGGACGUGGUCAAAUUAUCACCAAAGGAGAAUGGUGGAGACAACAAUCCCUCUCUUCUUCCUACAGUGUACUUUGGGCUGGAUCUGAUCCUCGAGCUGAUGGUUGUGCAUUGGGAUACUAGUAUGAAAAGAAAAGAUGGCAAGAUUGAGUGAAUAGAAACAGAUUUCCAAGUGACAUAGCAUAAUCAUAUACUAGAAAACAGAGGGGGCAUAAUUUGAUAAUAGUCCAUGUUUUGCACGAAGAAACCCCAGGUUCAGUUAUUUCAUUUAUUUGCCUGGAAUAUGGGAUAUUGCAGGGGUGUCAAACUCAAGGCACAGUCAAACCUGUGGGAUGUUAGAUCAGGCCGGCUUGGAAAUAGCGAAGGACCAGCCCACAGUGCCUCUGCUAGUGAAAAUGCCCUGCUCGUACCCCAAUUUGGCUGGCAGAGUUCUUCAGGAAGCCGUCUAGGCUGAAAAUUGGGCACAGGAGGCCGCGUGCUAGGCCUCUGUGCCCCAUUUUGGCUGGCAGAAUGCUGCAGGAGGCGUUUGUCCCGACUGCUAUCCAUCCUGUCUCUCCCAUCCCCACCCCUGGCCAACCCACAGAGGACAACAAUGCUGAUCUGACCCUCUAAGAAAUCCAGUUUGACACCCCUGGGAUAAUGGGAUACUCAUCUGCUACUCAGAUUAGGGCAUAUUGGUUGCUUUUUUCUCAUAAUGCUUAAUCAUGGUUUUUCUCAUAAUGCUUAAUCAUGGUUUAUUAAACAAACCAGGAAGAUAAAAGUAAUUCUAUUUUUUUUUUAAACCACUUCUUGGUUUGUUUCCUCCAUGCUUUUCUUCCAAUAUCAAGAAAAGUAAGGGCAACAUACAACAAAACCAGAAGUCAGAAUUCCAAGUUUCAAAGGAAAAGAC